AUACAAGCCCCUCCCGCCUGUUGCUUUUCCUUCUUUAACUCACUUGCCAGUGGGCCGUUUGUGUCUGUGCUUAACGACAGGCGGCCUUUUGCUUUGUACUCUCUUAUUUUGGGUGGCUUUCUUUUUCUGUCUUUCAUUUCUCGAUUUUCUUCCCCUCUGGGAGGGUGUUUUUCGUGGUUUUUCUGCAGCAUGGGCUUUUUAACGAUAACAUUUCAGGUGAGUUGGCCACUUCAUAAGACAGCUGCGCUACUCACGGGUGCUAAUACAGGACGCAGGAAAUGGAAACGAUGA